CGCUCUCCACUCCGGCAGACGCGCGGGCGCCCGGGCGCGGCGCCGCCGGCACUGGAGAGGCGCGGCUGCCGGUGCGGGCAGCGGGAGCCGGACCGCGGCGGGCGCACGGGCACUGCCGCCUAGGCCGGCCGGUCCCUACGGCGGCUGCCCGGAGGCCCGGGCGCGCGGCCCUUCGCCAUGUACACCUUCGUGGUGCGCGACGAGAACAGCAGCGUCUACGCCGAGGUCUCCCGGCUGCUCCUCGCCACCGGCUACUGGAAGAGGUUGCGGCGAGACAACCCCAGGUUCAACUUGAUGUUGGGAGAGAGGAACCGGCUGCCCUUCGGGAGACUGGGUCAUGAGCCCGGGCUGGUACAGUUGGUGAAUUACUACAGGGGUGCUGACAAACUGUGUCGCAAAGCUUCUUUAGUGAAGCUAAUCAAGACAAGCCCAGAACUGGCUGAGUCCUGCACAUGGUUCCCUGAGUCCUAUGUGAUUUAUCCAACCAAUCUCAAGACCCCAGUUGCUCCAGCACAGAAUGGAAUUCAGCCACCGAUCAAUAACUCAAGGACGGAUGAAAGAGAAUUCUUCCUCACUUCUUAUAACAGAAAGAAAGAGGAUGGGGAGGGCAACGUUUGGAUUGCAAAGUCAUCAGCUGGUGCCAAAGGUGAAGGCAUUCUCAUCUCCUCAGAGGCUUCAGAGCUUCUUGAUUUUAUAGACAACCAGGGCCAAGUGCACGUAAUCCAGAAGUAUCUUGAGCACCCUCUGCUGCUUGAGCCAGGUCAUCGCAAGUUUGACAUUCGAAGCUGGGUCUUGGUGGAUCAUCAGUAUAAUAUCUACCUCUAUAGAGAGGGUGUGCUUCGGACUGCUUCAGAACCAUAUCAUGUUGAUAAUUUCCAAGACAAAACCUGCCAUUUGACCAAUCACUGCAUUCAAAAAGAGUACUCAAAGAACUAUGGGAAGUAUGAAGAAGGAAAUGAAAUGUUCUUCAAGGAGUUCAAUCAGUACCUAACAAGUGCUUUGAACAUUACCCUAGAAAGUACCAUCUUACUACAAAUCAAACAUAUAAUAAGGAACUGCCUCCUGAGCGUGGAACCUGCCAUUAGCACCAAGCACCUCCCUUACCAGAGCUUCCAGCUCUUCGGCUUUGACUUCAUGGUGGAUGCGGAGCUGAAGGUGUGGCUUAUUGAGGUCAACGGUGCCCCUGCUUGUGCUCAGAAGCUCUAUGCAGAACUGUGCCAGGGCAUCGUGGACAUAGCCAUUUCCAGUGUCUUCCCACCCCCAGACGUGGAGCAGCUGCAGACCCAGCCAGCUGCCUUCAUCAAGCUGUGAUGCAGGGACACUCCCAGCUGCCUUGGAAAAAGCACGGGGUCCUGCUACAGGGGACGGUGAAAUGACUGGAUUGCUCUUUAUCCAGCCACAGCAGGGGAAAGAAAGGCAACUCGCUAAGAUGGGACGGAAGAAGGCACGUGAGCAGAGGAGGCGACUCUCAAAGAGGGGGUUGCUCAGGGGACUUCCUGGGUGGAGCUCUAGGCAAUGCCGUUGAGACUUUUGAAAACUUAAGUAAAUGUCUCUGAGAAGAGAACAAAAUAUUCUUCUUGUGGGUGAAAGCAGGGAUUUGUCUUUUUAUGUUCUCAUCCUUUAAAACAACUUUGUACACAAAGGCAGCCUUGUGAGCAGAGCCCCUUCCCCUCUCCCUGGGAACAGUAGGGCAUUGGGACCUCUAGUCGGUGCCUCCCACCCACUGCAGCCCUAGUGCCUUAGCUCCAUGCCUGGCUGCAGCCCCGCUGCUCUGGACCAUGGAUUGGACUUCAGAGCAUUUUGGAAGUUGCCUGCGUGUUCCCAGCCCAUCCCCUUCAUAACACUCUGCCACACCAAGCUCUGGACAAGCAUGCACCAAUAGUACUUAGUUUUGUGCUGGGCGCUGGCCUCUCGGCAAAGGUGGUCGCUCAUCACCUUCCUGAUGGCGUUUGGUCAGUCACCUGUCAGGGUUUGUGCGUGCUGGUCCCCAAACAGCAUAUGCUGCUCUAAGUCUGCUCUCUGCAUGUUUUAGAAACAAAGCGGCAAGUCUACCCUGAACCUGUAAGCAUCAAAUAAGCAUGAGAGAGAAAAAACAUGAUAUGCUGCUUUACUUGAUAGGUUGAAUUUGGUAGGUCUUUCAUAAUAUGAUGAUUCCGUUUUUUCUUUGUUUUAACCAGAAUUCUAAAUGCAAGUUUGCCGAGUUCCCUUUUUUUUUUAACUUUUGUAAAAACCUCUCUGAGGAUCAGGAGACAGUAAAAUUCCACUCCCCAAGUGGCCCUGCCCCAGACACAGGUUGCUUUCCCUCUUUUUGUUCUUCUUGUGCCCCAGGCACUUUCUGCAGUAGCUAGAGGGGCAGGUUUCCUUCCAGGAAGGAUUCUGAGUUCCUGUGCCUGUAGGCAUCAGGAGUAUAUAUCCUGCCUGAAUGUCCUCUAGAAUGGGAAAAAAAGUGAUUUCAGCUCCACACAGGGUCUUGUGAGUCUCAACAAAUGUUUACUGUUAGAAAUGGCUUCCACUUACUUGAUUGACUAAUACUUUGUAGGCUUUUCAGGAGGCCACAUCACUAGCAGUAGGAAGAACAAGAUGUCAUUUGUGUUCAGUGUGAGCUGAAUAAUCAGGCCUUUCCUAGAGUAUCCUGGAAAUCACAGCGACCCAUUGAAAACCGCACUCCUCCCCAGAACGUGGCAUGUCCUUUCUUUAUGCCUGUGUGCAAUGAUGAUAGACGUUAUUUCAUAGGUGCGGCACUAGUUGAUAGGAUGUUAGGGCAUUACCUUGGGGUAAAGUGGAGAGGGUCCCAAGUGAAUGGGCUCUCAUGGGAAUUGGGAAUUACAGUAUAAAUGUCCUAAGGGUUACCCAGAAUACAGAUUUAAAAGUUUGCCUGUAGAGCAAAAUAUAAAACAGUCAGUUUUAAUUAUUAAUCCUUGAGGCCUAAUGCAGCUAAUGGGUUGGUGUUUGGGAACUUCUGAGAAGGGAGUGAAGUCUCAUCAGAUCCUGGGAAGACGUAUACCCAGUUAGAAUGUGUAGGGUGCUGGGUUCCUGGCAAGUCUAGGGGGAGCUGGUGACAGGGAAAGCACAGACAUUUUUGUAAUACUGUCACAUGCUAACACAGGUUUGUAAUUAUCUUUUGGACCCAAAUUACAGUGACAGAGAUAAGAAUUCAGAUGUUAGGAAGUCUGUGAAUCUUGAUGGAUUUUCUAAGAAACCUGAAUCAAUGGCAUAUAUAUUAGGGAAUUAAGACUUUAAGAAAAGAAAAAGUUAUUCCUUAUUCCUCAUAUGGCUUCCAAUAAGUAUCUUAUAUACUUAUUUCUUUUUUUAAAAUAUUAAAAAACAUUUUUUUAAAUUACAUUAUUUUUUAUAGAGACGUGAUCUCACUAUGUUGUCCAGGCCGGAGUACAGUGGCUAUUUGCAGUUGCAAUCAUAGCACACUGCAGCCUCGAAUUUCUGGGCUUGAGUGAUUCUCCCAUCUCAGCCUCCUGGGUAGCUGGGACUACGGGUGCAUACCACCAAGCCUGGCUUUUUUUAUUUCUGGUCAUGUGGAAUGGCUGGUUCUGAACUGUUCCAUUCCCUUCCAUGAUGUCCUUGACACAUUAGGUCAUGCCUGGCUCCCAGUCAGGCUUCAUAUUUUUGGUCCAUGUAAGCGCUACCCGUUGCUGGGGGAGGAGCUAUUGUUUAUUUGGCAAUGUCAGUUGCAAUCAUGGUUCUGUCAUUUGACUGCACAGUAUCAGAGGAGCCUGUUAACCUCUCUGUGCCUUAGGUUCUUAGCCCAUGAAAAAGAUCAUUGCCUGACCCAGGGACUACCUCAAGGGCUUUUGAUGAAGACAAAUGACAGUAGGAAGACGCAAAGCCUUUAAUACCAAGGUUCUCAACACUGACUACAUGCUGGAAUGACUUGUGAAGUUUUUAAAAAAUGUUGGUGCCCCCCCCAAAAAAAAAAAAGAAAGUUGGUGCCCACUUUUCCUCGCUCCUCCUGGUCAAUUAAAUCAGAACCUCAAACAGCAACAUACUUUCAGAUGCUUUGAGCCACUGCUUGAGAAGGAAGGACACACACAUUAUUACCUUGGAAGAAUUGCAUAAGGCCUAUGACUUUAAAAAACAUUCUUGGAAACACAAGCAUUUCUUUAAGAAUGACCAGAUAUUGCCAUGUGUAUUUAUGGUGCAAGCAAAUGUUGUCUAAGCAGUUUCUCUGUUUGCUUGUCAUAGCAGCAUUUGGAAACUCGAACAUGCAUUUAUUUAUGUAAAUAGCUUAUGAAGCUUUGACAACAAAUGUAAACAGAUGAAAUUAUAAAUCUGCUAAGUAUGUAUUAAGGUUAUUAAUUAUUGAAAGUCCCCUUGCCCCACACUCAACUCCUAUGGCAAUUAUGAACUCCAUUUUACCAAGAACAUUUAAGUGCCUCAGCAUCUCUAUAAUGUAGUGGAGCAGGUGCUGGCAUAGGUACCAGCUGACAUGUGUGUCACUAGCUCUGUGGGAUGAUUGCCACAUACAUGGAACACCUGGGAGUGCUGGAAUUGUACUGGGACUGAAGCUACAAAGUGUUUUCAUUCACAGUGGAGGCUGUGGCAAGCAGGAGGAGGUCCAGCCCUCUUGUGGGUGUGGUGAGAGGCUCUACUAGCAAAGACAUGGGUGCCAGAGUGGGUUCCAUGUAGCAUGUGGGUGCUGUAGAGAAAAUUCAAUGAUGUACAUGACUGACCCUGGACACAAAAUCUGUACUGGAGAGGAAAUGACUGCUGAAGUAAGGCAAUUGUAUGAAUAUUUAAAAUGCCUGAAACACUAAAGUAAAGUAAUGAUAUUUCAA